AGAUUGGAAAUUGAUAAUUUAUGAAUAAUUAUUGAAUCUUGCUAUUCAUCGCUUUGCCGAACGAAACAUAUACAUACCUACCUACCUUGAACACUCUCCCUCACGUAACCACCCCACGUGAUCUACAACGAUCGACAAUCAAGUCAAUACAUGGUCCUCCUAUCCAUAUUUUACGUCUAGAAGAUCGUCUAGGUAUACAUAACUAGUCAUGCUGUAAUAUAAGGACCUUAUCAUCAGCAGUAUUUCUUGGUAGAAGUUGUGACGGCAGAAGUUCGGAACCAGACACUUUACCAAUACCCCACUAACCUCGCUGCUGCCUACAGUGUUGAAAGAUAUUCCUUAAAAUUCUGCACUCUCUUCCACUUCAUCUAAGAUUACAACCAAGUAUCUCAGGUCCAGGUCCGGAGACUCUCGACAACGUUCCCGAUCAUGUCUCUUCUUCUCCAGAUACCUCGCGAGCUGCGUGACAAGAUCCUUGAGUUCGUGAUUUCGUGCACUGUCAUCGCACCGCCGUCUUCCCCGAAUGAUCACGAUGGUCGACAAAGCCUCAAAGAUACCUUUUGGAUGGCGAACAGUGGAGUUCUUUACCAAAAAGACACUCAAAUGAGAGGCAUACCGACGCUCGCUAUCAACCGGCAAAUUCGUACCGAAACCCUAGAUGUCAUGACCCUCAUGCAACUCCCCAGCUUGCGAUCCUACAAGCUAGACGUAAUGAUCGUCGAAGAAUGGGAGUUAUGGCCUACAUGGCUAUACGUCCCAACGACGACAACCCGAGUGGAAGAAGUUCGCGCCACUUUUCGAAUCUUUGGCGUCACGCCGAGGCGCCGUUCUGGCUAUUGUGGAGGGGACGGUGGACCUCCCUCCCUGGUCUGGACUUUUUUGAACUUGAUUGGGCGCUUUCUACACGUCGGGCCUGUCAGUAAGCGGGAAAAGGUUUAUGAUAAACAUAUCAAGAUACGACAUCUCAUCUUGGACUUCCUGACUCCAGAUGGGCCGGAAGAAAUGAUCGCGCCGGCCAUGAAUCACGAUAGAUUCAGGUUGCUGAGGAAACGGACCGGGAUCAAGUAUCUGAAGAAUCCGAGGAGCGUGUUGACAUUUGUUAAGGAUUAUCUGGGGUAUUUGCGUGGGGACAGUGACUUCGGUUCGAAACUAUAUGAGAGAGUGGGGAAGGUUACGUUGAUGUUGGAUGGAGUUGUGGUUCAUGAAAGCACUGCCACCGAAUGCAUACUGAGAGACAAUGCUGACAAAGCUGUCGCGAGCCCUUCACGACUGCCUCUGGACACGCUCGAGCCCGUCUUUGAGUACUGGGAACUGAAGAGAGAAAUCCAGUCAGCUGUGCCUCAGACUGAAAAUGAAGCAGAAACAACUCCAGAGGCAAAUGCUGUAGAAGGGUACAGCUAGUCACUCAACUAGGAACAAACCCAGUUGUAGAUUUAUGAGGAGAGCAACGAAAAGAGCAGGGGUGGGUUUAAGCCAGAAGAAUGCAUGAUUGAGAAUCGCAUGAUAGCGGGAUCAAUGAUGCAAAAUACUGCAAAAUAAUUCUACGUAUGGAUUCAGCAUCAAAAAGAGAUAUGAUUUGCAGUAGUGGGAAAGGCAAAUGGUUGGCAGUAAGGACUGUGAGAAGGAUAGAAGUUACGUCCAAGAUGAACACAACUAGCCUUUUCAUACAGCUCGUCAUUUAUCCUCCAAUGAGGACCCUUACCAGCUGGUAAUUCGAUAGCAAAUCAACUAUGAUAAAUACGAAGUUAAAUAACAUAGAAAAUUACGGUAAUGCACAACGCUGCUUAACAUAAUUGAUAGUGCAA